AUGGCGUCCAAGGAGCAAAUCAUCGUUGCAGCCCAGGAGGCCGACGACUCCUCGAAUCCAAACCAACCUACCACAUACGGUGCCAACCGCAAUCCGAGUUCGGAAAAGAGGUUCCUCGCAUGGUUUGAUGCCAAUGACGGGCCACUCGAACGCCGUACCAUUACAAAGCUUGACUUUUUCAUUCUCUCCUAUGCAUUCAUCGGCUUUUGGGUACUUUACAUUGAUCGUGGCUUAUUAACCAAUGCCUACAUCAGCGGAAUGAGAGAGGACCUGGGCCUGUUCGGCAAUGAGCUUGUUUCGCUUAGCUCGAUUUAUUCAGCAGGAUACUGCAUCUCUAUGAUCCCUGCCACACUGUUUUUGACCAAGUUUCCUGCUCAGUACGUCAUCCCUACAACCAUUCUGGGCUGGGGCGUGUUCACCAUUCUUUGCUUUCGUGCUCAGAGCUAUGGAGAAUUAGCUGGAUAUCGCUUCUGCAUUGCAUUGUUGCAAGGACCUUACUUCUGCUCUAUUCAUUACAUCCUCGGAAGUUGGUACCGCAAAGAUGAGCUCGUCCGCCGAGCAGGAGUCUUUUACGUCUCUUCCAGCGUUGGAACCAUGACCACUGGCCUUCUAGCUGCUAGAAUCUACCAGUCGCUGCACGGAGCUCUUGGAUACCCAGGCUGGCGGUGGAUGUAUCUGGUUGCCUCUUGUAUUACAUUCCCUAUCGCCAUCUGGGGCUUCUUCUCACUGCCCGGAACUCCCAGAGACGGAAAGCGUUGGUUCUUCACAGAAGAGGAGUUCGGAAUCGCGACGGAGCGCAUGGCACUGCAGGGUCGCAGCAAUCCCAAAGGCUUCACGCUCUCCAAAGCUACUUUGAAGCGAUUUCUUGGAAGAUGGCAUUUCUGGGUGUUGGUCCCCUGGAACAUCCAAUGGCUUAUGGGUUAUCUGAGCAUGGGCACCGGUGGACCUACUUUAUGGCUACGAGCUCAGCCUCAGUAUUCGACGGUGCAAGUCAACAACUUUACCGCGAUAUCUCCCAGCAUAGGUAUAGUUCUCAUCAUGUCCUUCUCUUGGAUCGUUGAUAAGAAAGGGCGAAACGCCAUCUUGCCUGUCAUUGCUGUGGCAUGCGGAAUCCAUUUUGUUAGCAAGUUUGCCUGGAUUCUUUACGAUACAACGAGCUUCGAAUAUAAAUGGUUCGCUACGGCCAUAAACUACAUCGAAGUCUCUUUGUCUCCCAUCAACUACAGCGUUGCCAACUUGGCCUGUGCUGGAGACGCUGAAGAGCGCGCAUUUGUUGUAAGCUCUAUGCUGGCACUAUCCACAGCCUUCAAUUCUUGGGUAAGCUACGUCGCAUUUCCAACUGUGCAGGCACCACGAUUUUUCAGAGGCUAUGUUAUGGAGGCAGUCUUCCAGGUUACCUACGUUGGAUGGACUGCUUUCAUUGUCUGGUUCUCGAAUAGACAGGACCAGAAGGAAGCAGCAAGAAAGGAAAGCGAAAUUGGAGAUGCCGCUGGCGAGAGGUCUAGCUGA